UGGAUGAUGCGCCCGGUACAAAUUUGGCAGCCGGUACAAAUUUAGUGUGACAGUGCCCGCGUUGCCCGGGCUGCUGUCACGGGCCCGCAGUUCCAGGGCCAUUCAUUCAUUCACGGGGCACGCGGGAGACGCGGGAGUGCCGUGGCCGCGUUGCCCACGGUUCCCGGGCCAUUCAUUCAUUCGUUCGCGGGGCACGGCGGGAGUCGGGGGAGACGCGGGAACGCCGUGGCCACGGUGUUCCAGCAGAGUUCGGUCUCAUAGUGUCUAUUGCCCCUUUUCCAUCCUCUUUGUAAUGAAAAUUAAGCUUCAACAUUUUUCACAGUCGUUUAGACAACGCCUGUUUGUGAUUUAUUAUGGUAGCAUUAUGGAACUUGGUCCUCAUCAUCUUCUAUUUUGUGUUCUGCAGCUUCAACUUUUCUGCCAUUGCCUCCUCUGCUGGGUUUGAUUGAUCAAAACAAAAAUGAAUAGAAAGACUCUGCCUGUCUCCUCAAACGCCUUAAGACGAAGGGCACGUGUUGACGUCUGAAAAAGGCUUCUUGACAUUAGGACAGACAUGACUGACAUGGACAUGACGGCAAUGACGGCAGAUUACAGAGUUCUCUCUGAGGACACUGCUCCUACCUCUUCAGCUGCAGAUGCAGAUGCAUUUGAUUCACUUGAAGAUUUAAGUGAAGAGGACAUGGAUUUUGAUGAUGGGGAUGGGACAACAUGUUCAGAUUCUGAACCUGAUGUCCCAUCCCCAUCCCUUUCCGAUAACAUUGCCAACUGGGCAGUGAGAUUUGGCAUUUCAAUGGUUGCCCUGACUGCGCUGUUGAGCAUACUCAACAUAACCCAUCCCAAUCUGCCCAAGGAUGGUAGGACCCUUCUCAAAACAAAAGUCCACUAUGAUAGUCAAGAGAAGGCUGGGGGGAACUACCAUCACUUUGGGAUCCUUUCCUCCUUAAGGAACACUUUAAAUAAACACGUCAAAAUACUGACAGAGGGCAUGACAUUGGGGCUGCAGAUUAAUGUAGAUGGUCUGCCUUUAUUUAAAAGUUCCACUUUACAGCUGUGGCCAAUCCUUGGAUUGCUAGUUACCGUCCCUAUGAAGGAACCAGUGGUGAUUGGGGCGUACUGUGGACCUAAAAAACCAAGUUCGGCCACAGAUUUUGUGACUGAAUUAAAGGAGCUCGAGGCUGGGUUUUGCUUUGGUGAUAAGAACCUCACAAUUGAGCUUCACACAGUAGUGUGUGACACCCCUGCACGGGCCUUUGUGAAAAAAACAAAGGCCCAUAAUGCUUACCAUGGGUGCGAUAAGUGCCAACACCCAGGGAAGUACCAGAAUCACCGCAUGUCGUUCCCUGGACCAGAGCACCCCCUUAGAACGGACAUGUCAUUCAACUUAAAGCUCGAUGAAAUUCACCACCAUGAGGGACCUCAUCCAUUUCAGGGUAUCAAGAUAGGCAUGGUAACACAGUUUCCAUUAGAUUACAUGCAUUUAGUCUGUUUGGGCGUUGUUAAAAAAAUGCUCCAGUUCUGGCUCCGGGGUCCUUUAACUGUGAGAAUGCCUGCACUGAUAGUUGACAGGAUGUCACAUGAACUCCAGUCUGUCAGGCCGAAUGUUCGAGUUGAGUUUGCCAGGAGACCACGGAUGAGUUUUCAUCUCAUUAAGUUCGCCAACGGGGACAUUGCUGUGGUCCCGGAAAAUUGGUGUGAUGACGGGAUGGUGUACUGGCCAAAAUAUAAAAACACCGAACGUGCCAAAAGGGCAGCGGCCAACAGUGAGACACCAGAGUCAAACUGGCCAAAAUAUGACAUCAUGGUCAUCAGAACUUGUGACAACUACAAAGAUGCCUGUAGGCUAAUGGAGAAGUACCAGACGGGCUGCAACACCACUGAUCUUCAGUCUGAGGCAGAGGAGGAGUGUGGGCCGCCAGAUAAACGACAAAGGAAGGCAGUGCAUCACUUUGGGGACUCUGAUGAGAGUGAAGAUGGUGGCCAAUUGCACUGGCAGACUCCAACAUCUCGCCGAGGGCCAGGCAGCAGCAGCAGAGUCUCUCCUCGACUUGAGGAAAACUGUCUAGCACCUCACCAUGGGGCAGGACCGCAACAACCGUUGCCAAAACAAUUCCGGAGAGUUACUCAAGGAACGGCAGUCCCUCCUCUUCUCCCUCUUCUCCCUCCACCCCCUCCACCCCCGACAUCAACCCUGAGCCUGCGGCCAACAGAGGAGCCUUCUUCAAUCCCCGCCAUCGGACCAACAUGGCGAGGGGGAAGAAUGAAUGAGUCCAUUCCCUGCUCUGUGGCUGAAGUCCACAUCCUGAACCUGCUGGAGACGAUUAAACAGCAGCAAGACCAGCUCGUGCAAAGGUCAACUACCUCUGCAGCAGGAUGAACAGCACCCCGGGGCCAGAAGUUGA